UGUAAUUAAUAUUCAUAAGCCUAGCCUUCGCCGUAGUAGGAUUCAUAAAUUAGCGAGGGGGUGGAUAGACAACGCUGACUUCCUGUAUUUUCUUAUAACGAAUGAAUAUUUAACGCAAAAUAUAAGUGAGUGGGAUAUAAUAGCGGGACGCCGUUGAUGCCACCACUGUAAAUACGGAUUGUUUACAGCUGCCCUCGCAUCCUUUCCUCCAUCUCCUUUUCCUCUUUCCCACAGCGCCGGAGCGGUGGUCGUGGAGAGGCAGCGACUACAGCUGCUCCUGCUGACCGAAGAUAGCGCUUGCAGAGCCGGCCACAGUCUUCGCAUCACACCGGGCCCCUGGAGGCUACGACUCACAGCAGAGCAGGAAGAAAGCUUUUGAUGCUAUGUCAUUGUGCAUCGUUAUCUUCUGUAAAAGAAGCAUACAUACUCUUCUGGAUUUUUCUACCCUUUAAACUCCAGGUCUUUUUAAGAUUUUGGAUGUGCAGUUUCACAUGAUAUGGCUGUUCUUAAACUAGUCGAGCAGCCACCCCUCAUCCAAGCCAUCUUUAACGGAGACCCUGAUGAGAUUCGUGUGCUCAUAUGUAAAUCUGAAGACAUCAAUGCACUGGAUACUGAGAAGCGUGCUCCCCUCCAUGCAGCGGCCUUCCUCGGAGAUGCUGAGAUCACAGAGCUCCUCAUUGUCUCAGGGGCACGAGUCAAUGCCAAAGACAACAUGUGGUUGACUCCACUUCACAGGGCAGUGGCGUCUCGUAGUGAGGAUGCCGUUCGUGUGUUGAUCCGGCAUUCUGCCGAUGUUAACGCGCGGGAUAAGAACUGGCAGACUCCUCUGCAUGUUGCUGCGGCCAACAAGGCCCUGCGCUGUGCUGAGGUUAUCAUCCCACUCCUGAGCAGUGUCAAUGUGUCAGACCGCGGGGGACGCACCGCCCUGCACCAUGCCGCCCUCAAUGGGCACACAGAGAUGGUUAGCCUUCUGCUGGCCAAGGGUGCAAACAUUAAUGCCUUCGACAAGAAAGAUUGCCGUGCACUGCACUGGGCUGCAUAUAUGGGUCAUUUAGAUGUGGUGUGUUUGUUGGUGAGUCAAGGGGCUGAGCUUAGCUGCAAGGACAAGAGGGGAUACACACCUCUCCAUGCUGCUGCUUCCAACGGACAGAUUGCUGUGGUGAAACACCUGCUCAGUCUAGCUGUCGAGAUAGAUGAGGCCAAUGCCUUUGGUAACACAGCCCUGCAUGUGGCAUGUUUUAAUGGACAGGAUGCAGUGGUCAGUGAACUGAUUGACUACGGUGCCAAUGUCAGCCAGCCAAAUAACAAGGGCUUCACACCACUUCAUUUUGCUGCAGUGUCCACCCAUGGUGCCCUGUGUUUGGAGUUCCUGGUCAACAGCGGAGCUGAUGUUAAUGUGCAGAGUCGUGAUGGGAAAAGCCCUCUUCAUUUGACAGCAGUGCACGGACGGUUCACACGCUCCCAGACACUCAUCCAGAACGGAGGAGAGAUAGACUGUGUUGAUAAGGAUGGAAACACUCCGCUGCACGUUGCUGCUCGAUACGGCCAUGAACUUUUAAUAAACACCCUGAUCACGAGUGGAGCUGACUGCACUAGAAGAGGGGUACACGGCAUGUUCCCCUUGCAUCUAGCCGCUCUGAACGCUCAUGCCGACUGCUGCCGGAAGCUUCUCUCCUCAGGAAGAAGGUAUAGCAUAAUGUGCCCUCUCAGUAAUGACUCGGUCCUGUCUGCAGGAUUCCAGAUCGACACGCCAGACAACCUGGGGAGGACGUGUCUGCAUGCCGCUGCCGCCGGCGGUAAUGUGGAAUGUGUAAAGCUGUUGCUCAGCAGUGGAGCUGAUCAUAACCGCAGGGACAAACGUGGAAGGACCCCUCUCCACUAUGCGGCAGCUAGCCGACACUUUCAGUGCCUGGAGACUUUGGUGUCCUGUGGUACCUGCAUUAAUGCUACUGACCAGUGGGGGCGCUCUGCCCUGCACUAUGCUGCAGCAUCUGACCUGGAUAGGAGGAGGCGUGUGGUCCUGGAACCAGAGAGUGAAGGAGUUCAAGCCGAGAGGGAAAAGGAGGCAGCUCUGUGUCUUGAGUUCCUGUUGCAGCACGGUGCUGCCCCGUCACUCAAAGAUAAGCAGGGCUACAGUGCUGUUCACUAUGCUGCAGCGUACGGCCAUAGACAAUGUCUGAAACUGCUUUUGGACAGAGAUGAGAACCAUCAGGAUGAGAUGGAGAACAGCCAAACCAGGAGCCCACUGCAUCUGGCUGCAUACCACGGUCAUGCACAGGCUCUGGAAGUCCUCUUGGAAGGUCACUGCGAGGUGGAUCAGGGGGAUGAGGUGGGUCGGACUCCACUGGCCCUUGCUGCCCUCAGGGGCCACACUGACUGUGCCCUCAUCCUUCUGAACCACGGGGCCUCGCCAAGAAGCAGAGAUACAAUCCGUGGACGUACACCCAUUCACCUAGCAGUAUUGAAUGGUCAUACAUCAUGUGUGCGCCUCCUACUGGAAGACUCUGAUAAUGCAGAUCUGGUGGACACAGCAGACUCUCAGGGACAGACCCCUUUGAUGCUGGCAGUAAUGGGGGGUCAUGUGGAUGCUGUGUCUCUUUUGUUGGAACGUGAGGCCAGUGUUGACUUGGCUGACCAUUAUGGCCUUACUGCUCUACAUCUGGGGCUAUUGUGUGGGCAGGAGGAGUGUGUUCAGUCGCUGUUGGAGCUGGAGGCAUCAGUGGUGCUGGGGGACUCCAGGGGUCGCACCGCGAUCCACCUGGCUGCAGCGAAGGGUCACGCGUCUUGGCUAAGUGAACUGCUCAAUAUCGCCUGCUCUGAAGCCCCGGUACCCCCAUUUCGAGACAACCAGGGAUACACGCCACUACAUUGGGCCUGUUACUUUGGUCAUGAUGGCUGUGUGGAGGUCAUACUUGAACAAAGCUGCUUCCGGCAGUUUGAUGGAAACCCCUUCACCCCCCUGCAUUGUGCUGUGGUCAAUGACCAUGAUGCUUGUGCCACCCUUUUAUUAGAAGCCAUGGGAUCAAAGAUUGUAACGUGCAAAGAUUCCAAGGGCAGAACACCUCUCCAUGCUGCUGCAUUUGCUGGUCACAUAGACUGUGUUCAGCUGCUCCUGGCCCAUAAUGCAUCUGUGGAUGAUGUUGACCAAUCUGGACGCAGUGCUUUGAUUAUGGCAGCAGAGAGAGGAAGAGUCGAGGUUGUAGAGGCUCUGCUUACUGCUACGAAUGUUAACCUCAGUCUGACAGACCAAAAGGGCAACACGGCACUCCAUCUAGCCUGCAGUAAUGGAAUGGAGGAAUGUGCAUUGCUCAUUCUGGGAAAACUUCCAGACUCUGCUCUCGUCACCACAAAUGCUGCACUGCAAACACCUCUUCAUUUGGCUGCACACAGCGGGAUGAAACAGACAGUGCAAGAGCUGCUCUCUCGUGGAGCCAGUGUUCAAGUACUAGAUGAAAAUGGUCUCACCCCUGCUCUGGCUUGCGCUCCCAGCAGGGAAGUGGCUGACUGCCUGGCUCUCAUUCUGGCUACCAUGAUGCCUUUCUGCUCCCCUUGCAGCUCUGGAAGUCCUUCCCCAGGUGCCCUGCUGAAAUCUCUGCCCCGCCAGGCCAAGAGUCCCCAGGGCCCUAACAGUCCGAGGGACCCCUCCGGCCCCUCCAGCGAGGGCACGACAACUGAAAAUGACUCUGACUCUGAGACAUUUUGACCCUGGCCCUUUCUAGAUUUCCAUAAUAGUGUUUAAAGCACAUAUUUCCAUGAAUCCUCAGAAGCUGUACUAAUUUUUAUGGAGCUUGAUCUCGUAAACAAGUGAUCAUGACACGUGACAUAGCACACUUGGUAUUAUUUCAUUCUCCUUGUUUGCACAGGAGAUUUUGACUAAAGCCAUUUGAAUUACAAUGAUGCAAGAGAGAUGAUUAGACUGACGUCUUUUGUACUUAAAUGUUUGAGAUUGCCAAAUGUUGACCUCAUAAUCACACUUGAAGUAUGUAAAGUGUGAUGUGCGGUGACUUAAUCUGUAGGCCAUUGAAAGCACAAACCCUGUGGAAGCACAAAGAGAGGACUCACUCAUUUAAACUCUGUAGUUAUAAUGUGACCAAUUACACAUUUGGACCAAUAGAGGAAUUGGUGACUUGUCACAACCCUUGAUUAGAAUGUGUAUUCCAAAUAUUUAUUUGCGACAAGAGUACAUGAAACCCAGUGUAAUAUGAUGAAAAUCCAAUGCAUGUUACAAAUGUCCAGAUUGUACACCAGUUGUACAUUACACAUAUUGUAUUUGGCACGUUGUGAAUAGUAGGCUCUUGAGCUUUAUAUUGUAAAGAAAGAGCAUUUUUAUUUCAGAUAGAUGAAUAGAUUUAUAGGCCUAGAUGGUCUAAACCUAUGUCUGACGCUUUUGGUGAGUGACACUGUCACUCUUUUCCUGCUCAGAAAUAGCAACAGUGUUAAAAUAAUACUUCUAUUCAGGUCAAUUUUUCCAGAUUCCAAUGAGAAGAGAUGACAUGUUAUGUGAACCAAGAUGUUCCCAAGCCUGUAUGGAUAUUUAUUAACAUUUAGAUAACAAUGGUACUACAUUUGUAUGCACUUAUGUAUAGGAGUAAAUGGGUGUACCUACCCUGUCUUCAGCAAAAAAAAUAAUUUUCAUUAAUUUGCACUGGUUGAAUUUAAAUCAAUUUGAACUGUUUUCUAAAAAAGCUUGUAGAUGUUAGAAUGAGUGUUUCCAUUGUCUUUGAUUUGCUGUCAAUUUUGAAGCCAUUUUACUCCAGAAGAUGAAGAGCUGACUGCAAAUACAGUUGAAGUCAGAAGUUUACAUACACCUUAACCAAAUACAUUUAAACUAAGUUUUUCACAAUUCCUGACAUUUAAUCGUAGAAAACAUUCCCUGUCUUAGGUCAGUUAGGAUCACUACUUUAUUGAAAUGUCAGAAUAAUAGAAGAGAAUAAUUUAUUUCAGCUUUUAUUUGUUUCAUCACAUUCCCAGUGGGUCAGAAGUGUACAUACACUUAGUUAGUAUUUGGUAACAUUGCCUUUCAAUUGUUUAACUUGGGUCAAACGUUUUGGGUAGCCUUCCACAAGCUUCUCACAAUAAGUUGCUGGAAUUUUGGCCCUUUCUUCCAGACAGAACUAGUGUAACUGAAUCAGGUUUUCAGUUCUGCCCAAAAGUUUUCUAUCAGAUUGAGGUCAGGGCUUUGUGAUGGCCACUCCAAUACAUUGACUUUGUUGUCAUUAAGCCAUUUUGCCACUACUUUGGAGGUAUGCUUGGGAUCAUUGUCCAUUUGGAAGACCCAUUUGCGACCAAGCUUUAACUUCCUGGCUGACGUCUUGAGAUGUUGCUUCAGUAUAUCCACAUCAUUUUCCUUCCUCAAGAUGCCAUCUAUUUUGUGAAGUGCACCAGUUGCAGCAAAGCACCCCCACAUCAUGAUACUGCCACCCCCAUGCUUCACGGUUGGGAUGGUGUUCUUCGGCUUGCAAGCCUCACCCUUUUUCCUCCAAACAUAACGAUGGUCAUUAUGGCCAAAUAGUUCAAUUUUUGUUUCAUUAGACCAGAGGACAUUUCUCCAAAAAGUAAGAUCUUUGUCCCUGUGUGUAUUUGCAAACUGUAGUCUGGCUUUUUUACGGCGGAUUUGGAGCAGUGGCUUCUUCCUUGCUGAACAGCCUUUCAGGGUAUGUUUAUAUAGGACUCGUUUUACUGUGGAUAUAGAUACUUGUCCACCUGUUUCCUCCAGUAUCUUCACAAGGUCCUUUUCUGCUGUUCUGGGAUUGAUUUGCACUUUCCGCACCAAACUAUGUUCAUCUCUAGGAGACAGAAUGCAUCUCCUUCCUGAGCAGUAUGAUAGCUGCGUGGUCCCAUGGUGUUUCUAUUUGCGUACUGUUGUUUGUACAGAUGAACGUGGUACUUUCAGUCUUUUGGACAUUACUCCCAAGAAUGAACCAGACUUGUGUAGGUCCACAGUUGUUUUUUCUGAGGUCUUGGCUGAUUUCUUUUGAUUUUCCCAUGAUGUCAAGCAAAGAGGCACUGCGUUUGAAGAUAGGCCUUAAAAUACUUUCACAGGUAUACCUCCAGUUCAGUACACCUCCUAUCAGAAGCUAAUUGGCUUAUUGUCUAAAGGCUUGAAAUCAUUUUCUGGAAUUUUCCAAGCUGCUUAAAGGCACAGUUAACUUAGUGUAUGUAAACUUCUGAUCCACUGGAAUUGUGAUAUAGUCCAUUAAAAGUGAAACAAUCUGUCUAUAAAUAAUUGUUGGAAAAAUUACUUAUGUCAUGCACAAAGUAGAUGUCCUAAAUGACUUGCCAAAACUAUAGUUUGCUAAUAUUAAAUCUUAGGAGUGGUUAAAAAAUGAGUUUUAAUGACUUCAACUGUAAGUUAUUUUAAGAUCUUGCCAAUAUCGGGAGUCAAAAACAAAAUAUAAAAUUAAGAAUGAGAAGGUCGACCACUGUUUGUCUGUUUACAUUUGUCCACAAUGUGCCAGUUUCUGCAGUGUGUCCAGUGCCUUGUUCUGCAUUUUCAGAUUUUGUUAGAUUAUGCUUGUUUGUAUUUGUCUGUAUUUGUGUCUGAAAAUAUGAAUAGAUGUUUAGUUCGCUCAGCUCAGCUGACAACCAUAAGCCAACGUUUUUACUGAGUCCUGAUGUAUGUGCCUAUGUGUGUGUGCUUUAGGAUAGAAAAAUAGUCUUUGUACAUCAGCUCAUGGACAUUAUCAUCACCAGAGCAGAUGUUGCACACAACUGUCUUAUAAAAAAAGCACAUGGUUGAUUUUCUUUUCAUAAAUUACAUGAAUCAUGAGUUAGAAGAUGCAGAGGAAUGGAAUCAAAAUAAAACAGUAUUAUAUCAGAAAAAAGCUUUGAAAUGUGACAAUCUUGUAGAUCAUGUGUUCCUCCUGCAAUCUGAUGUUGAAGAUUCUUUGUCAGCUCAAGUUUCUUUUAUAUAAAUUGUAUGACUAUUAUAUAAAGUGUUUUAACAGA